UUUAAUGAAAAAGGAGGUGAUGAUCCGAGUAAUGUUCUUCAACGUUUGGUAGAUUGCACAGGCAGAGACUUCCUCAUUGCGUUUUUUGACAAGAUCCCAGAAAAAUCUCUCUGUAAAAUUCUUCCCAUGAUUGUUGCUUCUAAUAUACCUAUUUCUAUAUUCCUUCCAAAUGAUACUAUUCAUUUUGAUAAAGACCUUAGAAUCCUUAACAGAUUAUAUAAUAUUAUAACUGCUCGCAAAUACUAUCUCUUUCUUUCUGUGAAUUCACCAAAUCAUGACCUAGGAGUGCUAUUCUCAAAACAGCUUUACAAAAACUUCUCCAAUCAUCGUGAAGAUUUUUUAAGCAUAUGUAAUCCUGGUUCAAUUGAUAUCUCUUUUCACGAUGUAUCCAAGAAUCAUUCCCGUCUACCAUUGGCAAUUGCAGAAGUUUAUUUUGAUGAGACCAAUUUAUCAACGUUCUGUGGUGUUAUGAAAAGUCUCACUCAAUACGCUUUUUACACCGUGAUCCAUGUUUCUCAUAAUGACUUUUAUGAUAUUGAACCAGGUGAAAAACUGAUAACAAUUAUCAAUAAUAUCGAUGUGGAAAGCUACGGUAACCAUUAA